UUGGCAGGCGUCCGAUGGUCUCCAGAUGGAGCUUGCCUGCUGACAGCCAGCGAGGACAACUGGUUGCGCGUGUACGAUCUUCCAGCAGAAGUCUUGGACCAGGGUCUCUUGGAGCCUGCAGAUGAUGGCGGUGCAGCUGCGAUUGAUGACAACCUGCCAGCAGUUUUGUACUUGGACGAGGGCGAGACCAUCUAUGACUAUGCAUGGUAUCCCAGGAUGCUGGCCUCGGAGCCCUCAUCCUGCGUCUUUGCUUCCACUUCUCGGGCGCACCCGCUGCACCUGUGGGAUGCGGUCAGCGGCCAGCUGCGCGCAACCUACAGGGCCUACGACGCUGUGGACGAGGUGACGGCGGCCUACAGUGUGGCAUUCAACCGCGACGGCUCGCGCCUGCUCGGCGGCUACAACAAAGCCAUCCGCAUCUUUGACACCUCCCGCCCCGGCCGCUUCUACACCGAGAUCGUCACCCACUUGAAAAAAAGACUUGGAUGUGCAGGGAUUGUGUCGUGCAUGGCGAGCAACGAGGACGGCUCGGGCAUGAUGGCAGCGGGCGCAUACUCGGGCGAUGCUGCAGUCAUGGACGAGCGCACUGGCGAGCUGCUGUAUGUGCUGCAGGGCCAGAAGGGUGGUAUCACACAGGUGCAGUUUUCCAGGGACGGAAACUUCCUGUACACGGGGGCGCGGAGGGACCCGGACAUCUUCUGCUGGGAUGUGCGCUUCACAUCAGAUGUUAUUUACCGCAUGCAGCGCGAGACCGUGGCCACCAACCAGCGCGUCCAGUUUGACAUCGAGCCAUGCGGGCGCCACCUGGCCACAGGCAUGCCCUCCCACUCCCCUGAUCAAGUGUUUGACCUGCGGACAGGCGAACCAGUGGCCAGUCACACUGCUGCGGCUGACACUGUGAAUGGCUUCCACUUCCAUCCGUUCCUGCCUUUGGCUGCUAGUGCAUCAGGUGCAGUGCUUCCCAUCUCUGCCACUAAUCUCAUGCAUUUUUCGCCCACCCAUCAAAGAGAAGCACCUGCAAAUUGUUACUGCUGA